AAUAAAGCCCAUAGCUCCACACCGAGCACCUAGACUAUAAAUAUCCUGCCAGUUGGAGCUCAGUUGAAGGGUCAGGACAGCUGAGGAAGUGGGCUGUCCUGGGGUUCAGCUGGUGUGGGCUAAUAGCAGACUGAGUGAAUUCUCUUUCCAGGCUGGAAACUAGAGCUACUCUGCUAUAAAGAAGACCAACUUUUGUUGGAUUUGAAGCCCCUGAAAGGCUCUUCAAACUCCCCUUGCCAGGAACAAUGGCUCUACCGAUGAACCCCAUGGACGAACCCAGGGUGUACCAGCAGACGUUGCUCCAGGACGGCCUGUACGACUUGCUGGAGAAUGACAAGCUGGUCGACUGUGUGCUGAAGAUCAAAGACAAGGAGUUCCCCUGCCACCGGCUGGUCCUGUGUGCCUGUAGCUCAUACUUUCGCGCCAUCUUUUUGUCUGACCUGGAGGAGAGCAAAAAGAGAGAGAUUGUCUUAGAGGAUGUGGAGCCGGGCGUCAUGGGGCUGAUCCUCAAGUACCUGUACACCUCCAAAAUCAAUGUGACAGAGCAGAACGUCCAGGACAUCUUCGCAGUGGCUAAUAUGUACCAGAUUCCUUCGAUUUUCACUGUAUGUGUGUCUUUUCUACAAAAACGCCUGAGCCUCAGCAACUGCCUGGCUAUCUUCAGGCUCGGCUUGAUGCUAGACUGUCCCAGGUUGGCUGUCUCUGCUCGAAACUACGCCUGCGAGCGUUUCCAGCUCAUCUCCAGAGAUGAAGAGUUCCUCCAGCUGCUCCCCAGUGAGUUGGCAGCCAUUUUAGCAAAUGACAAUCUGAACGUAGAGACAGAGGAGAUGGUGUUUGAGGCUUUGAUGAACUGGGUGUCGUGGGACACAGAGAGCAGAGAGAAAGAGCUGCCAGGUUUGCUGGACUGCGUUCGUUUGCGUCUGGUCAACAAGGAUUACCUGAAGAACAAGGUGGAGAAACACGAACUGAUAUCUUCAAAUCCCGAGUUGCAGCCGAAACUCCAGCUGGUCAGGGAUGCUCUCGUUGGGAAAAUGCCGGAGGUUAAAAAAAGCAAAAUCAAGGAGGAGCAUGCAGAGAAAGAUGGAAAUGAAGAGAAUGAGGAUAAAGACGAUGAAGAAGGUCUUCUCCCAGGCAUCCUGAAUGACAACCUGCGGUUUGGCAUGUUCGUCAGGAACUUGAUACUCAUGGUGAACGACAGAGGUGCUGUGGCUUAUGACCCAACAGGAAACGACUGCUUUCUAGCAUCACUUUCAACGCAGAUCCCCAAGAACCACAUCAGCCUGGUCACCAAGGAGAACCAGAUCUUUGUGGCUGGAGGUUUAUUCUUUGACGAACAGAACAAAGAAGAUCCACUGUGCUCGUAUUUCCUACAGUAUGACCCGGUCAGUGCUGAUUGGCUGGGGAUGCCUCCCCUCCCGUCACCCCGUUUCCUGUUCGGGCUGGCCGAGGCUGAGAACUCCAUCUUUGUGUUGGGAGGGAGGGAACUGAAGGAAGAGGAGCACACACUGGACUCUGUUUUGGUCUAUGACAGACAAUCGUUUAAAUGGGGUGAAUCAGAGUCACUUCCUUAUCCAGUCUAUGGACAUGCAACCAUAUCCCAUAAUGAUGUUGUCUAUGUGAUUGGAGGAAAGGGAGACGACAAGAACUGUCAGAAGAAGAUGUGCGCCUAUGAUGCCAAGAGAUUUGAAUGGAAAGAGCUUGCACCCAUGAAGACUGCGCGUUCUUUGUUUGGAGCCACCGUUCAUAAGGACAAAAUAUAUGUAGCAGCAGGGGUCACUGACACAGGCCUGACGGACUCCGUGGAGGUGUACGACAUCGCAUCCAACAAGUGGUCAGAUUUUGUAGUAUUUCCUCAGGAGCGUAGCUCUAUGAACCUGGUGUCUUUGGGUGGCUUGCUGUAUGCUGCAGGAGGUUUUGCCAUGAUGCCUUUGGAGGACAGCGAAGAGAUCGUUCCCAAAGAGAUGAAUGACAUCUGGAGGUAUGACGAGGCAGACAAGAAGUGGAACGGGAUCCUCAGAGAGAUCCAGUACGCUUCAGGGGCCACUAUUCUGGGGGUCCGCCUCAACACCCUGCGCCUUACUAAGAUGUAAACCCCCACCUCCAGUCAAUCCCUGCUUAUCAACAGAAAUUGGUACUUGUUAGUGACUUUCAACAGUAGUUCAUAGGAGUCUGUGGAGGUAAAGCAGAUGUUAACAAUCCGCUUGAUGUGUUUGGCAUUUUAAAUGUUAUGCUCAUUUGUUUAUGUAGUUAAUUGUACUUCUGGCUCAACAUUUUUUUGAUUCAAUACGUUUUUAUACGUGUUUCAGUGAUUUUAAUCCGAUUGAGAUUGUAAACCUGUAAGCAGCCUGCUGACAUUUUUUGCACUGUAUGGAAUAAAAUGUAUUUAACACCCCCCCAAAAAAAAUCUUCUUGGGUAUCAUGUGUUGGCAAGAAAUUGCGCAUUUCCCAACAGAUGGCAGCAAAGUCUUAAUGUAGGUGCCUUUGGAGAGCAUGACUGAAAUGUGAUAUAGCUAAAAAACAAAAACACAUCACACAUGUCUGUUUGCAAUAAUAUAUCUAUACUGUUUAAUAUUGAAAUGAUUUCAUUAUGCUCUGCUGUGUUACAGACAGUAAACACUAGUCAAUAAUACAAUAAAAGACAGAAAAUACAGUCUAAUGUUAUUAGCACCUCUAGACACUAUCGUCCUUGUACGGUUUUUAGUAUUUUAAUAUAGCUGAACUUGACAACUACUGCCUACACAUGGUCUUUGUACACCAGAGUUAACUAAGACAUAGUGUUUACAUUAUAAAGUAGAGAAUCAGCAAAUAACAGUACACAUUAUGAUUUCUUCAACACAACUGCAGUAUGGAUAAGUAUGGGUAAUGUAGAGGGUAUGUGGAUAAUACAACUUUGAACUGUCUAUGACAUUGGUGCCCGUCUUUGUUAUCCAUUUAUCUUUGCCCAAAAAGGGGAGAAGUCACCAUCAAACAAAUGUAACCAAACUCUCACAUGCAAUACCCAUCAUUUGUUUUCCAAUUUUUUUUUAUUUGAUAUCGAUUUUAUGGAGCCCAGAAACAAACAAAAUGUUGUCAAAUAUUGAUGAGUUACA